CCCCGGGCUGGCACGCGGCACCGCGCAGGCUCGGCGGCCAUUUCCGACGCGGCGGUGAAGGUUCGGGCGCGGCCGCAGCGCCCGGUUCUUGCCCGCCGGCCGGGCCUCGCCGCCCCCCGCCCGGCCCAGCGGUUCCCUCCGGCCUGCCGCCCGGUGCAGGUUCCCGUGCCCUGUGCUCUCCUGCCGGCCCGCUGUCCCCGGCACCAUGUCUCGAAGAUAUGACUCCAGAACUACUAUAUUUUCUCCGGAAGGUCGCCUGUACCAGGUUGAGUAUGCAAUGGAGGCCAUCGGGCAUGCAGGCACUUGCCUGGGAAUUCUAGCAAACGAUGGAGUUCUGCUGGCAGCAGAGCGGCGCAACAUUCACAAGCUUCUUGAUGAAGUGUUUUUCUCUGAGAAAAUAUACAAACUUAAUGAGGAUAUGGCGUGCAGUGUUGCAGGAAUAACUUCAGAUGCCAAUGUUCUAACAAAUGAGCUGAGACUGAUCGCACAGAGGUACUUGUUACAGUAUCAAGAGCCCAUUCCUUGUGAACAACUAGUAACAGCAUUAUGUGAUAUCAAGCAGGCUUAUACACAGUUUGGAGGAAAACGUCCUUUUGGUGUUUCAUUGCUCUAUAUUGGCUGGGAUAAGCAUUAUGGAUUUCAGCUGUAUCAAAGUGAUCCUAGUGGAAAUUAUGGAGGGUGGAAAGCCACAUGCAUUGGGAAUAAUAGCGCUGCAGCUGUGUCAAUGCUGAAGCAAGACUACAAAGAAGGGGAAAUGACCUUAAAGACUGCCCUGGCAUUGGCCAUUAAGGUUCUAAACAAAACCAUGGAUGUCAGCAAGCUCUCUGCUGAGAAAGUUGAAAUUGCAACACUGACAAGAGAGAACGGAAAGACAGUAAUAAGGGUUCUGAAGCAAAAGGAGGUGGAACAAUUGAUAAAACAACAUGAGGAGGAGGAAGCAAAAGCUGAACGUGAAAAGAAGGAGAAAGAACAAAAAGAGAAGGAUAAAUAGAAUAUGAAAUCAAGUGUUCUCUAGAUAAUAAAGGACCUGCUUCAGCAAAAGAUAAUCUGGAUUUCUAUGCUGUAGAAGCCUACAGCUAUGCCAUGUAGGACCCAGAGUACUUUUGAUGAACCAGGACCUUAGUCAUCAUUUAGAUAAUUAGUUUACUGCUCCUUACAUUGACCAAUAAUUGCUUUAAUUCUUGAACACUCUUUCUUUCAUCUUUUUUAUUAUGGAAUAAAAUUUAAGAAGAAUA